AGACGUUAAUGAUGAACAAACUGUGAAGGGAUGUUCAAAACUGACCCAGACACUGCCUGGUCUCUGAUUGGUCAGUUGGUCCCACGCGGACAAAAUCACUCCUACUCUACUCGGCGCGUGCAAGCGGCCUGUCGCUCAAGUUAAAGCAACAUGUCGCUGGAUUUUUGCAAUCGGGUUUGGAUUAUUUUCUGCGUCACCAUAGGUUAUUCUGGUUUCUUUUGCUGCGAUGUUUCCUCAGGGGGAAAUCCAAACAUUCCACACAUUGCCAAAUAUUUCAGCACGAAGGGGAGGUACGAAGAAGUGAACCCGCAUCUCAUAGAGGACAUACUUGCUGUAAACAUUUCCAUUUUGCAGCCUCCGUCCCCGCAAUGUCGCCAAAUCCACAUGACGGCCAUCAUAAGACAUGGAACGAGAUACCCCACUUCCAAAAACGCCAGGAAGAUGCAGAAGCUUUACGGUGUGGUCAAAAGCGACGCAAAGGCUAAGCACGGCUGGCUGCAGGAGAUCCUGACCCGCUGGACGAUGUGGUACACCGAGGACAUGGACGGCCGGCUGGUCCAGAAGGGUGUGGAGGAUCUCAGGCAUCUGGCCGUCAGGUUUUCUAAACUGUUCCCGAGCCUCAUUUCACAGGAGAACCUGCGCGGAGGCCGCAUCACCUUCAUCACUAGCUCCAAGCACAGAUGUGUCAACAGCACCCUGUCCUUUAAGGCAGGACUGACCCACCUGUGGGGCAUUAAAGAUAUGGAGUUUGACCAUGCAGUGAAUGAUGCCCUCAUGAGGUUCUUCGAACAGUGCUCUAGGUUCGUGGAGGAAGUGGACAACAAUCCAUCUGCUAUGACAGAGACAGACAAAUUCAAGCAGGGCCCAGAGAUGAAGAGGGUCCAGCAGAAGAUCGCAGACCGUCUGGAAGUCCCCUACAACCUCAUCACAGAUGACAUGGCGGAAGCUGCGUUCUACCUGUGUGCUUAUGAGUUUGCCAUCAAGACCGAGAAUUCCCCGUGGUGUCGGCUCUUUGAUGAGGCCGACGCGCAGGUUAUGGAGUACGCGAAUGAUUUAAAACAGUUUUGGAAGCGCGGUUACGGCUUUGAGAUCAACAGCAAGGCGAGCUGCGUUCUUUUCCACGAUGUGUUUACCCGUUUGGAAAAAGCCGUCACAGAAAUCAAGUCAGGCCAGCAAGUGAGUGAAGCCGUGACGAUUCAAGUCGGCCAUGCAGAGACUCUUCUGCCACUCCUGACCCUCCUUGGCUUCUUUAAGGACAGUGACGCUCUGAGAUCCGCUAACUUUGCCUCGCAGAGUCAACGCUCAUUCCGGACCAGCCUCAUGUUGCCCUACGCAGCCAACUUUGUCCUCGUCCUGUAUGACUGUGGAGGAGGCGACAUCAGACUGCAGCCCCUGCUCAAUGAGAAACCCGUGACCUUCUCAGACCUGACCGAUCAACAGGCCUCCAUGCCCCUGUAUGAACAUGUCAAGGAGAGCUACAGAAACCUGCUGCAGGGAUGUGACUUUGAGACAGAAUGCCACUCCUUUAAGACUAAUACUGAGGUUUAGGGGCGCUGAAUAGAUGGUAUCCAAGGCUUUAUCCACAACACUGGUAAUAUUAGCAAACAUUGACUCAGUGGGGACAGACAGUUGCUAUUCCUUGUCAGUUUUUUGCUAAGCUUGAGUGGCAUGACAAUCAUAUAGGACAGUGGUCCUCAACCUUUUUAACGCACAAUGUUUUCACGAUCCAGUCUUUAUGAUAUGGCGCACGAUUAUUGUAGCAACGCUACGGUGAGGGUGGAACGGACAUGUGACAAGGCGAAUUCUGAGCUUUUAUUUUGACACGCAUGACAUAGCACAUGGCAGAGGUUUGAUAUUUUGGGAAGUUGAAGGCUCUUCUUCUGUCUCCUGGCUGAGCGUUUUCCCCUUGGCAAAGAAACUUUCCAAAGACGUUUGUUUUUUACUCAUUUUGCUAGCUCCUGGGUUUUAUUUUAGCGGUAAUCUAUCACGUGACCAAGAAGAGCGCCUUGGCCUGCGUCAAUAGUGACAUAGGCGAAUGGAACAGAGAAUCUGCAAUUUUUCAAAAUAAAACAUCUUUCAGAUUCCAAAAUAAAUAAAACAGAAGUAAUGUUAGUUAUUUAUUCUUUCUGUUCGGCCCGAUACCAAAUGACCCACGGACCGGCACAGGUGAGACAACUUUGGACUUAAAAGUGUUUGGUGCCUCAUUUCGAAGGGGUGUCUUUAAAGGUAACUUUUAUUUUCUUAGUUCCUAAAAUAAAGAAACCAUAAAUGUAAACAAAUUUGCUAUAGAUUAUUAAGAAAUUACUUUAAGCAGUUCCCACCGACCAGAAGAAAAAGAGCCGAUCCGCGGUGUGGAUGCAACCUGUAGAACCGGCAGAGACAGCUGCAGCAUUUUUACUCUUAUUUUGACUUUUCCAUUUAUGCAAAGAUAAAUACUUCUUGAUAAACGACAUUGGCAGAGGUUAAAAGAAAUGUACAAAAUGUACAGCUCACCCAGAACAGAAAAAAAGAUGUAAGAAGAAACCGCCUUGAGAGUCUGAUAUGAACAUGAAAAAAUGUUACAUGUAACAGCUCAGUGACAACUGUCCUGUGUAACUGGUUAUUGUGUGCCAACAACAUAGAGAACGUGCAAUCUUUGUUCCAUUCUCUAAAUGAACUGAUCCCCAUCAUCCAAUUUUCAUGACCAAUGGAAUGAACUACCUUAGCUAACUUUCAACAGGGUUUUGUCAGAUUUUGCCAAAAAAGCAGCAACAAAGUGUUCAAACUGGCUAGUUUGUGAAAAAUUAAUUUAAGUUUGUCCAAAUUUUUUACACACUGAUAAUGAACUCAUGACCGGUCAUUAUCUAUACUUUCAACGGCUAAUUUGAGUUUUUUUAAUUUUAGGUUUUGAAUAAUUACUGUUUGCUCAGGGAUGUUUUGUUAAGAAAAUAUAAUCAGGAAUUUUGACCCGCUUUAAAUUAUGUUGCUAUACAAACAAAUCAGUAAUUAUCUUUCUGUUUGCAGUGUGUCGAAUUCGUGUGUUUUUUUAAGUGCAAGUUACCAAUGCUUGAUGUUCUAUUAAUCUUUGAGUGUUUACUUGGCACCCAAAAGGCUGGUGUUUGUAACAGUAUUUAGCCACAUUAAGACCUUUAUUUUUUUUAUUUUUUUAAAGCAGUGGAUGGUGUGCUAAUAACUUGCUGGGAUGAUCCAGGUUAGAGGGUUCAAGUCAAAAAAUCUGAACAAAUCAGUUGGGUGAGAAAUAAGAAAAUAUGUAAAGAUCAGAAUAAAGGUGGAAGCAAAAUAGGAUGAAAGGUUGGAUGAGGGUACAUCCAUGGAUGGGCAUUGUGUUCUAGCUUGCAACACAAAAAAUUGGGGAAACAUGAUAAAUAAUAAAAGAAAACACCAAAAGAGCAACUUUGUUACCCUGCGUGUACUUGCAUUUUGCUUUAUUUUUUAGGUAAUAAAGUGUUCUUUGCAUCCA